AUGAACCUUUCCAACCUCACAUCAGCUUCAGAAGUUGCCAGGUAUAAUUUGACUGAGUACAACAUCUUUAACGACAUUAUCCAGAACCAGGUAGUGCAAGCCCUCUUCUGCAUGAUAUACACCUGUAUUUUUGUGCUCGGCGUGUUCGGAAACGUGCUCGUGUGCUAUGUAGUGGGCCGGAACCGUGCCAUGCAGACGGUGACGAACCUGUUCAUCAGCAACCUGGCCCUGUCGGACAUCCUGCUGUGCAUCCUCUGCGUGCCCUUCACCCCUCUCUACACCUUCCUGGGUUCGUGGAUAUUCGGCAGUACUUUGUGCCACGUGGUGGCCUUCGCGCAAGGCACCAGCGUGUACAUAUCGACACUGACUCUCACGUCCAUAGCGGUGGACCGCUUCUUCGUCAUAGUCUACCCGUUCAAGCCGCGCAUGAAGCUGGCGACGUGCACCAUCAUCAUAUCCUGCAUAUGGCUCUUCUCCGUGAUGGUUACUCUCCCGUACGGCGUAUACACCGUGCUGCGCGCCGACAGGAGGGCGUUCUACUGCGAGGAGCACUGGCCGUCCGAGAGGGUGCGGCAGGUGUACGGCGGUCUCACGGCGACGCUGCAGUUCGUCCUGCCCUUCUUCAUCGUCACCUUUUGCUACGUGAACGUCUCGCUGAAGCUGAACGAUCGCGCCAGGGCCAAACCGGGCAGCAAGAACUCGAGGCGGGAGGAGGCGGAUAGGGACCGCAAGAGGCGCACCAACCGCAUGCUCAUCGCCAUGGUGACCAUCUUCGGCGUCUCCUGGAUGCCGCUCACCAUCGUCAACCUGACCAACGACCUGUACAUGUCGACGGGCCGCUGGGAGUACUUCAACCUGAGCUUCUUCGUGGUGCACGCGCUCGCCAUGAGCUCCACCUGCUACAAUCCGUUCCUGUACGCCUGGCUGAACGAGAACUUCCGCAAGGAGUUCAAGCAGGUGCUGCCGUGCUUCGACCGGGCGGCGCUGCUGGCGAGAGGCCAGCGCGGGGGCAGCAACAGGGCCGGCGGGGGCGGCGGCGGCGGCGGCGCCACCACGGCCGGGGGCGGCGCGUCGGGCCGCUCCUACGGCGGGGGCGGCGGCGGCGGCGGCGGCUGGAAGUCCGAGCGCACCACCUGCAACGGCAACGACACGCUCGACUCGGUGCUCUUGACGUCGGCGGUGCACUGCCGCAGCACUUCGGUGCGCCGCCCCACCGCCAGCUCCAUCCCCGAGGAGUUCGAGCCGCCACCGGUCGGCGACGCCGGAGGCGGGGCAGCCGCCUCCUACUCUGCCAUCGCGGACGAGGUCCACCUUCACUUGGGACCUGGUCUCCACAAGCCCGACGUCCCGCCUGGUGUCCUCAUCGAGUCCCUGUAG